AUGGCACCGCACGGGACCCUCUUGUGUGUCGCCCUGCUCCUCCGCCUUGCCACUCCAGCCGCUGGCAGAAGACUGCUUGCAUCAGCCGGGCAAGGCGGCCUGACCGCAGGGGCGGAGGACGCAGCGCCCGCACCACCGCGGCAGGAGGCGGCGGACGCAGACGGGCUGCUGACCGCCGCCCUCGCCCGCGCUCGUGGCACCACCAACGCCUCGUGUUACACUGACGUGGCCUGCGCUGGCGACAGCUGGCACGACGCCGCCGACGCUGUGGUGCUGCUGCUGAUGGCCAGCCCGGCGGGGGCACGCUUCUGCACUGGCACCCUUCUCAACACAGCACACCUGGCGGCCGCGGGCCAGGCGGCCACCUACGUUCUGUCUGCCAGCCACUGCCGGGGGUUCGACACCGGCGACGAUGCCGCCCUGUACUCUGCCGUAUUUGACGAGCGGCAGGGGGCCUGUGCCUGGCCCGGCGCCGCCGCCUCGCCCGCGCAGCCUGCGCCAGCGCCGCGCGUGCUCACCGGCCUGCGUGUGGCGUGGCAGGACGAGGCCAGCGACGUGCUGCUGCUGCGCGCCGACGGAGCCAUCCCGGCAGAGUAUGGCGCGUAUUACUUGGGCUGGGACGCCAGCGGCUGGGCGCCGGACGCCACCGCCCCCGCCACCAUCAGCCACCCGCGCGGCGACGUGAAGAAGCUGUCGCUCGGUGGCGAGGGCCUGCGCCGAGCGCACUACUCACCCGCCGGCGGCGACUCGGCAAGCGGCGGCGACGCCACACACUACCAGGUGCGCUGGACCCAGGGCGGCACCGACGUCGGCUCCUCGGGUGCGCCGCUGCUGGAUGCUGGCAGGCGGCAGGCGCUGGGGGUGCUGACGGGGGGCGAGGCCGCCACCUGCGGCAACCGAGACUUUUUCGGCUCGCUGCAUGCCGCGUGGCUGCGGGGGCUGUGGCGGGUGCUGAGCCCCGCGGGGCCCCAGGCUGUGGCCUGGAUGCCGGGCAGCCGCCAGCAAGGAUGCCAGCAGGGCCUGGUGGUCAGCCCAGGCGCGCUGCUGCUGUCAGACGGCGCCAGCAGCGGGCAGGCGGCGCAGCUGUGGGUGCGCCUCGCGGCGCAGCCUGCUGCAGGCGAGCAGCUGACGGUGGCGGUCGCUGUGCAGCAGGCCGAGCCGCCGCAGCUGCCCGGGGCUGCUGCUGAUGUGGCGGCGCCAGGCGAAAAUUCAGCAGGAGGCGCGGGGCAGGGGCAGGCGCCCGCCCCGCACAUCGCUGCCAGCCCGCAGCGCCUGCAGUUCAGCGAUGGUGACUGGGCGCAGGAGCAAGCAGUGACAGUGAGCGUUGGCGCCGGGGAUGACCGAGCUGAGCCCCCUACCGCCUUCAACGUGACCCUGCACCUCAGCAGUGGCAGCGACAGCAGCAGUGGCUGCCUCGGUGCUGCCGGCUGGAGCACGGUUGUGCGUGGGAGGCGGGUGGAUGGCGAUACGCCCGCAGGCAGCACCCCGCAGCAGCCCAUCCUCAUCCAGGCUGGCGAGCAGCUCGACUAUGCUGCCGAGGGCGUGCUGCUAGUCCCAGCAGUAGCAGCAGCAGCAGGGCCAGCACCAGACAGCCCCGAGCCAGCGGCGCCAGCGCAGCGGUACGAUGCGGUGCGGCUUGGCCAGGCGCUGGGCUCGCUGGCGGCGGCGGGGCGGCCGCAGGGGUUGGUGCAGUACUACAGCCUGACCACCGCUGGUACCGUCAACGUCAGCAUCUCCGCCUGCAGCGCCGAGGGGCCCCUGCAGGUGGCACUGUUUGCGCAUGGAGUGGCCUCGUGGUGA